AUGGCCCAAUACUAUCCACAACAGCAGGGCUACGCCCCCCAGGGCUCCACACCACAGAAUCUCCAGUUCUUCCCCUCGUCCUAUUCCUCGGUUUCUGGUCACACAACCCCUUCACAAGCAUCUUAUGGUGCAGGCUUCGGGGGAGCUUCUAAUCCCUCUGCGCAGGCUUACCCUGCCGGUAGUGGAUAUGGGGGCUUCGGGUCCCCGGCUGCUGGCGUCAGUGGACGUAUGGGCGAACAAGGCGGCUUGAGAACGGGAUGGUUGGCCGCUUUUGGGACGGAGGGGUAUGAUGGUGAACCACCGUUGCUUGAGGAGUUGGGUGUCAAUUUUGAACAUAUACGGACCAAGACUCUGACUGUCCUGAAUCCAUUCGCUUCUAUCGAUAAUCACCUUAUGGACGAUAGCGAUCUCUACGGCGCUCUGCUCUACAUCGUCUUGUAUGGCACUUUCCUCCUGCUCUCAGGCAAGGUGUUCUACGGCUAUAUCUACGGUGUCGCUGUUUUCGGUACCGUCGCUUUGCAUCUGAUCCUCAGCCUCAUGUCUCCCGCUCUCGACACUGUCCCAACUCCCAACGCCGUCGACCCUACCAACUACAACCCCCACCACAAACCUUCCAUGUCCGGUGCCUCGGCUGCGGGCCAUUUCUCUGCUACUCUGACCUUUCCGCGCUCCGCUAGCGUUUUGGGCUACUGCUUCCUUCCUUUGGUGCUUACCAGUCUCAUUGGUAUCAUGUUUCCCAUGGACACUAUGUUCGGCUAUCUCCUAACAAUUGCCGCUGUUGGCUGGUGCACAUACAGUUCGUCGGGGAUGUUCUGCACUGUGGCGCGUAUGAGUGGCAUGAGGGGUCUCGUGGCGUAUCCGUUGACUUUGUUCUACGUCGUUUUUGGAAUUAUGGGUAUAUUCUCUUCGCGUGGCACCGGGUCGCUGGCUGCGAAGACGGGUGCGGCUUGA